CUACUGUAACCUUCAACCUUGACUACAUGUGUUAGAUGUACUUUUACUACUACUGCUACUAUGUGCGACCUGCAUAUUAUAUGCAUCAACAUUGAAGUAGCAUGUAAGCAUAUAAAGAACCAGGCUCGGGAAGUAGCUAUAAUAACUUCUAAAGCUCAAUAGGCCUUAUAGCUCAUCCACGGCUAUGCCGACUACACCAAAAACACUCAAAAAGGCGAAGGAUACAUCGGAUAAGAUGGAAGGUCUAAUGAGCAACCUCGACAUCAUAAAGGAGGCAGAUUCCUUUCCUCACGUCGAAACGGAGCUACAGGCAUUCCGGGCCCUCACCAGCCGCUUGUACAAGUUCAUCUGGGAGGAGGGACAUACAAUGUUAGGCUACAUGAUGGAGCCCGUCGUCCAGCAGCUGCUAGCGACGCCUCAGUUCGUUCGCGGCCCAGUUAUCGUAGAUGACGAUGCGCGUACUGUACGCGCCUUCACCUACUUGGAACCCGAGUGGAAGAGGACCUCGCGCAUUGCCAUGACAACGCGGUACUGGCGGGACCAUGGAAUUUUCGAUACUCUGAAGGGCUGGAGAGAUGAAGAUUGGCCUGUCUACGACCAUGCUGGCAAUAUCCUGUUCAGCGUCGAACGCAGCGCCAUAGGAUUGUUUGGGGUUAUGCGGUAUGGCGUGCACUUGACGGCUUACGUCCGAGACCGCCAAGUACCCUACGGCAUGAAGAUCGUCGUGGCCCAGCGAUCGCCUACCAAGGAAACCUACCCCAACAUGCUGGACAACAGCGUUGCUGGCGGCCUGAGGACAGGCGAGAAUCCGUUUGAAUGCAUAAUCCGUGAGGCUCACGAGGAGGCCGGCAUCCCUCCACGGUUCAUGCGUUGUCAUGGCGUAUUUGCUGGUAACGUUACAUACAUGCACAUCGCGGACGAACGGUCUGGAGGCGAAGUUGGUCAGAUAUAUCCUGAGAUGCAGUGGAUCUUUGAUGUUGAAGUACCAGCAGACUUCAAGCCUAAAUCCUAUGACGGGGAAGUGGCCAGGUUCUACCUAUGGACGGUGGACGAGGUGAGGGAGAAGCUCGCGCAAGGCCUGUUUAAGCCUAACUGUGCGCUGGUCCUCUUAAACUUCUUGAUGCGCCACGGAAUCAUUACGCGAGACAACGAGCCCGACUACAGUGAGAUUCUAUGCCGAAUGCACCGAAAGCUGCCCUUCCCGAUGAAAUGCUAAGCUGCCCCCCGUUCUCUCUCGAAACCCCACCCUUCAUCACGUCUUCUUUUUGCUCUUCUGCUUGAAAAUAGUGUUGCCUAAAGUACCCAGAUGGGGGAGGCCAUUAUGGGUCUAUAAACGUUUAUAACAUAUGUAACUAGCUUGCUCAUAGAAGGGACGCGCCAGGAUUAGUGGUUGUGCUUUAGCGAUCGAAGUACUAUUAUCUGCUCAUUGCGCCUUUGUCCCUGUUCUCUUUUCCUUUUUUUUCUUCCACUUUCCGACUUCCUGGUCCUAUCUGAUUCGUAAUUCGUCGUUAAAUUAGUUGAUGGAGGGGUGGGUAUAUACUAAGAAGUAUUGCGCGAUCAUUUCUUGACCAGCAGGUAGGUGUUGUCGACACGCAGCGGUGUCAGCUUCUUGUAUGGGCCCUCAAGCAUCAUCAGUAGGCCGCCGAAGGAGAUGUAAGCUCGGCUGGACGAGGCGGUGCGGGUUAGUGAAGGU